AGCAUCAGCUCCACGUAGGCGUUCUGGUUAGCUAUAACGUUGAGUUCCAGGAGGAUACAUGUGCACUUGUUUAGGACUGUUGUGGAUAUCAACUCGUUUUGAAAUCAGUAAGACGAAUAAACGACUAAAGAUAUGCUAACCUGGGUCGACUGAGACUCUUCUUAAAACUAUCGAAGUUGGAUUAACUAACAUUUGUGAUACAAUACAUUAUUCAUUUUGCAAGGAGCACUUGGAAUAUACACAGGAGCACAUCACUUGUGGGAGAAAGAUUGGCAUCUUCAUAAUACUUCCAACGCACAUAAGGGUCAAAAUGUAUCUCUGACCCAUUAACCACCAAGCAAAAAAAACAAAGAAGUAAGAUAUUUGACGUAUAGUUGCCAUUUGUCUGCCAAAAUGAAGCCCUCACUGCUGAUCAUCACCCCCCUGUUAUUGGCUUUGGUCAGGAAGACACUGAGUGAUGAUGCACCCAGAAUCACACUGGCUCCACGCGACCACAAGGUCAUGGAAGGAGGCACUGUCAGUUUCUUCUGCAAGUCAUCAGGAAAUCCAGCGCCAGAUAUACACUGGUUAAAAAAUGGAAAACGGGUGACGUCAAAUCGUAAUAGAUUUCUAACAUUUGACAUGCCACAUGGUUCGGUAUUACGAAUUGAACCAGUGAAGGCACAAAGAGAUGACACUACGAUAUCAUGUGUUGCACAAAAUAGUAUAGGAGAGCCAGCCCGGGCUUCAGCUAGUUUACAAGUUUAUCCUCAGGAUCAAGCGCCACCAAGUGGCUAUCCUAGAAUUACGGAGAAUCCAACGCUAAAAGCUGUUGAGAAGGACCGUAACACGGUAAUGUUGUGUGCCGCCACAGGAAAUCCCGAUCCGACUAUAACAUGGCUGAAGGAUUUUAUACCAGUGGAUAUGAGUGAUCCGCGGCUGACCCUUCUCAGUUCUGGCAAUGAUACAAAAAACAUGAGCUCUGACGUAACUGCCCUCAAAGUAACAAAAGACCCGCAUUCGGCCCGAAUCGCCAUCGACGUUGCAUCAGUCUACAGCUCGUUGCAGAUCGAGAAAAGUCAAGAAUCGGACGAAGGCCGUUAUGAGUGCGUAGCGGAGAAUAACGCAGGUGUCUCAUAUUCAUACGUGGCUAACCUUUACGUUCGAGACAAACCCGUUAUCUUCAAACCAAUUAUUAGAUAUUUACGAUUAAAAAGAGAAAAAGAUGUGCGGAGAGUUCCACCUCACUUUUCAAUCCCUCCGGAAAGCAGUGAAGUCCUGCCAGGCGGAUCAGUCAAUCUCACAUGUGUUGCUGUCGGCUCGCCAAUGCCAUAUGUAAAAUGGCGGAAGGGGGCGCAGGAACUUACACCAGAGGAGAACAUACCGAUCGGAAAGAAUGUCUUGAUGUUGACGAAUGUGCGGGAAUCUGCUAAUUACACUUGCGUUGCGUCUAGCGACCUUGGUAAUAUAGAAGCAGUAGCCCAAGUCAAGGUUAAAGCUUUGCCAAAACCGCCCAUAAAUCUAGUUACUUCUGAAGUCACCCCAACUUCUGUCAAACUGACCUGGAGUUCCGGGAACACUGAUCCUGUGGAGAGUUUUAUUAUCGAAUACAAGCGCAAGUAUAAAGAGGGAGCCACUUAUACUCAGGUGUCGAAUAUCCAAGACAUGGAGUACGUUAUUCGGCAGUUGCAAGCGUACACUGUCUAUGAGUUGCGGGUUGUUGCCGUCAAUAACAUCGGUCGUGGCAUCGAAAGUAGCCCAACUGAAGUAACAACUGGAGAAAUGCCGCCGGGUAGCCCGCCCCAGAAUGUACGUGCGCGGCCACUCAGCUCCAGUACUGUACUGGUGCAGUGGAAUGAGCCCGAUAUACCCAAUGGAGUAAUCAGGGGCUACAAGGUGUUCUACACCCUCCAGCCAAACCUUCCCAUCAGUACAUGGACCGUGAUCACUGUGGACAACAACAACCUACGCCUAGCGACCCUGAGCAACCUACAGAUCAACAAAACCUACACCAUCUGUGUGUUAGCAUUCACCGGUGUUGGCGAUGGACCUUUAUCCGAGCCGAUACAGGUCAAGACCCAGCAAGGAGAUAAAACAAGAAGCAGUACCCCUGGCAAAAAAGGAGGAGUUCCCACCCAGUCGAAAAAUCUCCAAGGUGUGGCGAUAUCGCCGAACAGCAUCCAACUGUCAUGGGAGAGACCGGAAGAUUCGGGGGAGAGUAUCAUCAGUUACGAGCUAUACUACAACGACUCCCACUUCCGUCAGAAUGUCCGGAUAACAAUAACACCGCCAGUGGAGAACUUCUUGUUAGAGGAUUUGACGCCGGAUACAUUGUAUAAUAUCCGGGUCGCUGCAAAAUCCGACCGAGGAGAAGGGGCCAGUACACCAAUUGUCCAAGUGAAGACGGAGCCAUAUUUUCCAAGUGCCCCUCCACAGGAUGUACACGCGUCUGCUCUUGACUCCACAAGCAUACAGGUCACAUGGAAACCACCGCCUGAAAAAGAUCAAAACGGCGUGAUAACCAGUUAUACAAUCUUGUAUAGCGAGGCUAAAAGUGGCGGUGGUGUCAAUGACGCCAUGCGGGCGGUCACCGAGGCCUCAGACCGCACCUAUAUCAUCCGUUAUGGUCUGAGACGGUGGACUAUGUAUAAAAUCUGGAUGUUAGCUAGUACCCGAGUAGGGGAUGGCCCCACGUCUGAUCCCAUCAUGAUCCGCACCGAUGAGUCCGCUGAUGUGGUGCAUCUGGCGAUAGCAACAGGUUUACCGGGAGAGCCACGGAAGGUCAAACUGAAAGUCGAGAAUUCCACGGCGGUGAAAGUGUCAUGGCGGCCACCACAUUCCGAGGAACAAAACGGUAUCAUCCGCGGCUACCUGAUCCAUUAUGUGGCCAUCAAUGAAAAUGAUGAACCUACCAGUAAUCCAAAUAUCUUCAAUGUUGUCGGUGGUGACAAGGCUGAGAUGACGAUUAUUAACCUCGAGCCGGACACUUGGUACCAAUUCCAGGUGAAUGGUUACACAAGGAAGGGGGAUGGCCAGAGGAGCCGCGGCAGGAAGGUCAAGACAAAGGGAGCAGUUUCUGGUCCACCACAAAGUCUGCGACUUGUUUUAGUCGCUGAAGAUCCGCCUGUUAUUCGAGCGACAUGGGAGCGCCCUCUAAUGACCCAUGGAGUAGUUGACGGAUUCCGGCUCCGAUACGGCAAGAAAGGCGAUGAACAUCUCACUGAGAAACUUUUGGUCGGGAACACGUUCUCAUACUCUACGUCGUUCCUCGAUCGCGGUGUCACGUAUGAGUUCCGUGUCGCAGCAAAGAAUACAGUCGAUUAUGGUGAAGAUGCCGUAGCGACGUUGAAGACACCUGAUGGAAUUCCAGGGGGCCCACCCAAAAAUAUCAGUAUCUUCGGCAUUAGUAUCAAUGCCAUUCGGCUUCAGUGGGAUCUACCAGCAAAGAAUAUGCGUAAUGGUGACGUUGUGAUGUACCAGGUGUCCUACUUUAAGGGUAGUGAUCCCAUCACCACAUUUGAUCUCAACACGACCGAGGCGUACAUGAUUAUUGACAACCUAGAGAAGAACACAGACUAUGUUUUCCAAGUGAAAGCUUUCACAAGUAUCGGAGCUGGACCUUGGAGUGACAAGAUGCAUUUCCGGACUUAUGGAGAACUACCCCCAGCUCCGAAGAAUGUACGGAUAAAACGACUUAACCCAACUGCUCUCGAAGUCGCCUGGGAUUCGCCUGAUUUCCCUGUUGCUGGCUACAGGAUAUUCUAUAACAAGUAUGCAGUGCCAAACAUGGCGGAGUGGCACCACAUGGAUAUCGGUCCGUUCACUGUCGUUGAGAUCACUGGUUUAGAAGAACAUAGUGUUUAUGCCGUCCGGGUGCAGGCAAGGGCUGUUGACAACCGCUACGGAAAUCUAUCGGAUCCUGCGAUCUCCAAUGAUAUACCAAAAGCCAAGCAAGAUCAAGUUGCAAACUUCAGAGAUCAAGACAAGAGAGCUACAACCAUUGUCCUUGUCUGGAAUAAGCCCAAGAGAAUCACGGGAGUCCUCUUCUACAGGUUGGACUACCGUGGUGAGCUGAGCUAUCGUGACCGCUUCGGUAACAUUCAGAAGCAGGUCGACAACCUCAAGACGCGUGACAUCGCCAAGGACCAGACACACUUCGUCGUGGAGAAGCUGCAGCCGUCGAUGACUUAUACGUUCAACAUGACCACGUACUACGGCAAUGACGUCAAGAGUGACCCCUACACAAUUCACGUACAGACUUUACCCGAUGCACCGCCAUCUAUUGAGCAACCUAAGGUGAAGAGUGUACAGCAAGAUGCUGGGACCAUCACGCUGGCAUUGCCUAAAGCAUCGGGCAAACAUGGACCAAUAGGCUACUAUUUCAUUGUGGUCGUUCCUGACAAAUUGGCGGAAAAUAUGCACCCGGAUCAGGUUCCAAUAGAUGAGUCGUUGCUGCGACGUUUUGCACGUGACACAGUGGAUAAGAUAUACAUUGCUGCCCGAUUCGAGAGGGACCUGCCGUCAUUCUUUGUUCUUGGUGAUGGUCAGACGUAUGGUGGAUACGAAAACAAGCCAUUGCCACCAGAUGGACUGUACCGCGUGUUCGUUCGUGCGUACACGGAUUCGCUGUACACCUCAAGUCAUUUCUCGGAUAGUCUCGGCCUCAGUAAAGCACCGUCGACUGAUGGCGUCCAGAACCAGAAGCCCAAGUCCAACCUGAUGAUCAUCAUCCUCGCCCCCAUCUGUAUUGGCAUAGUCGUCAUAGUCCUCAUCAUACUGGUCACGCUCUUCUUCUGCAAAAACAAGAAGAUAUCGUGGCGAGCACUACCUACAAUAGGACGCCCGAACUACACUUUAACCUGUUGGAGAAGAAGGAAAGUCCGCAGGAAGGAACCCGGCCGAGGCCAGGCUGAGCCGACCAAGUUGUUUGUUGACCCACCAGCACAUCCAACUGAUCCAGUUGAGAUGAGGCGUCUCAACCACCAGACUCCAGCUAUGAUGAACCAUCCGCCCAUACCAUUCUUGGAGUUACAGGAACACGUCGAACGCCUUAAAGCAAACGAUAAUUUGAAAUUCUCGCAAGAGUAUGAGUCGAUUGAGCCAGGACAGCAGUUCACUUGGGAUAACUCCAACUUGGAGGUCAAUAAACCCAAGAACCGCUACGCGAACGUCAUCGCGUAUGACCACUCACGUGUCCUACUUCAGCCAAUAGAGGGCAUCCCUGGUAGUGAUUAUAUCAACGCCAACUACAUGGACGGCUACAGGAAGCAGAAUGCUUACAUUGCUACUCAGGGACCGUUGCCAGAAACGUUUGGAGAUUUCUGGCGGAUGAUCUGGGAGCAGCGCACUGCUACUGUUGUCAUGAUGACAAAACUGGAAGAGAGGACAAGGAUCAAAUGUGACCAGUACUGGCCAAACCGAGGAACCGAUACGUUCGGCUUCAUCCAUGUGACCAUCAUGGAUGUAAUGGAGCUUGCCACCUAUACCAUUAGAACUUUCCAAAUCCAAAGGCAUGGUUUCCCCGAGAAACGUGAAGUGCGCCAGUUCCAGUUCACCGCCUGGCCAGAUCACGGUGUGCCCGACCACCCAACGCCAUUGCUAAUGUUCAUGAGGCGGGUGAAAACCGUCAAUCCUCCUGACGCAGGACCCUUGAUAACACACUGCAGUGCUGGAGUAGGACGAACUGGUGCUUUUAUCGUGAUCGAUUCCAUGUUGGAACGAAUCAAACACGAGAAGACUGUUGACAUCUACGGUCACGUGACCUGUCUGCGCGCUCAACGUAACUACAUGGUCCAGACAGAGGACCAAUACAUUUUCAUUCACGACGCACUCAUCGAGGCGAUACAGGGUGGCAACACCGAAGUGCCCGCACGGAAUCUAUUUGCACAUAUACAGAAACUCACACAACCAGAUCAAGGGGAAACGGUCACAGGAAUGGAAGUUGAAUUUAAGAAAUUAGCCAGUAUUAAAGCCAACCCAUCAAGAUUCGUGAGUGCCAGUCUUGCAGUCAAUAAAUUCAAAAAUAGACUGGUCAAUAUAUUACCAUAUGAAUCCACAAGAGUAUGUCUUCAACCUAUACGGGGCGUCGAUGGUUCUGAUUAUAUCAAUGCUAGUUUUAUUGAUGGCUACCGAUACAGAACUGCCUAUAUUGCCACCCAAGGGCCUCUUGCUGAAACCACUGAGGACUUCUGGCGAAUGCUGUGGGAACACAAUUCGACGAUAGUAGUCAUGUUGACAAAACUGCGAGAAAUGGGUCGCGAGAAGUGCCAUCAGUACUGGCCAAGUGAGAGAUCUGCACGGUAUCAGUACUUCGUGGUGGACCCGAUGGCUGAAUAUAAUAUGCCGCAAUACAUCCUGAGAGAGUUCAAGGUCACAGAUGCAAGGGAUGGCCAGUCCCGGACAGUUCGACAGUUCCAGUUCACUGAUUGGCCAGAACAAGGAGUGCCAAAAUCGGGCGAGGGCUUCAUCGACUUCAUUGGUCAAGUGCACAAAACGAAGGAACAGUUCGGUCAGGACGGACCAAUUACAGUGCAUUGCAGUGCUGGUGUGGGUAGGACGGGCGUCUUCAUCUCUCUAAGUAUAGUCUUGGAGAGAAUGCGGUACGAGGGAGUCGUGGAUAUGUUCCAAACUGUCAAAAUGCUGAGAACACAGAGACCAGCCAUGGUUCAAACAGAGGCCGAGUAUGGAUUUUGUUACGUGUCAACGCUAGAAUACCUCGGUUCGUUUGACCACUACUACACAUCGUGAGGCGACGUUUUAGGUCACGUGCCGUGACGAGACUUUUAGGUCACGUCUGUUUGAGUGACGUGCUGUCACGCAUUCGGAGGUGACGUUAUGGUGUGACCAGCAUGGGGUGAUUUUGCGGUGUCACAUAGAGGUGGCUCAUUGAGUCGCAUGUUUGGGCGACGUUAGGGUGUCACUUUAGCCUCUCUUUCAUUACAGGACCAGUACCAGUUCUGUUACCGGGCUGCAUUGGAAUAUCUCGGAUCUUUCGAUCACUAUGCAAAUUGAAACAACAUCUAUUGCCUUGGGUCAACUAUGCAGCCUGUGGGAGGCCGCAGAUGCUGACCAAUCUGAUUGUAAGAUAUUCCCCAGUAUUAUUGGAUGCUGAAUGAACAAUAAUCAGUACGAACAUUGGAUAAAAUCGGAUGAGUCUGGGAGGUAUUCAGCAUGACACUGCCGAUAUUUGGACGAUAUGAAGUAGCGAGGGAUACCCGCAGGGGCCUCAAACAGAUAAGCGUAGAUGAUGCUUAAUCACGAAUAAACAAAAUGCGGAAGGAACGAAUCCACAGACUAUGGGACAAAAAUAAGUGAUACAUAAGGACGUGGUCCACCGAAAAACUUGAUGAAACGACCGUGUAUCGCAAUUGGGUGCUUAAUGUCUGCAAAAGACAUGAACAAUCUUUUAACAAGUUUCUCCAGAUUAAAAUAAUGAUAGACAACUAUCCUUCCAAGAUAAAGUUUAAACGAUUUGUGUGUGCAUACUCAGUAGACAACUGUCUUUAUCAUUAUCACCCAGCUUGUAUUUAUGGACUUAGAUGGUAUAUGGAUAUUAUCAGUAGUUUGUUAAAGGCAGUAUUCAUCCCUCUUGACCUGCAGAUUUGCUUUGAGUUGCGCUGUCAAUGGUCAACCUCAUUGGAUACUCAUAUACCCCACUCGGUUGAUCUCUGUGCAUCGUGCAGUGCUUGCAUAAUCAAGCACCAUCUAAUUCAUCUGAAACCUGAGAGAACCAGCUGAAUAGAUGUAAUACUAUCCUAAGGCUUGCGAUCAUAAGGAUGUUUGUGGUGAUAGGCCAGUUGAAUACUGCCGCUCAUAAACUGCUGUUAUCAUGUAAUCCCUUAUCUGGCCGAAAUAUAGGUCCUCUCCAUGGACUUUGUGUAUCUUAGAUGCCUCUAACGAUGAACAUAGAUGUUGACGUGUACUGUGUGCUAGCCAACUCUGCUAGUUGUAUCCAGAAAUAUUUUUCUAUGGGUGUUUGUAAAACUGGAACUUCUACAAUAGAAUAUCAAAGUUCACUUCGUUGUAUGUAAAAUGUUAACAAAACUAAGCCACUUGUGCAUGGCAAUCCUGUUUUAUUUAAAUAGGACGACUGGUAAAUGGUACGAAUGUGUUGACGUAGCAGAUUAAUAUAAGUCGAUACGCUGUUGAUAGACUCAAUCGCCGUCAGAAAUGGGACAUGCAAUACUCGGACAGCUUUCAUGUGAAGCUGCAUGUUUAUACUCUAGUUUGGGGAAAAUGCCAUGUGUACCAACGGACAAAUGAUACUUGCAGAUUGCUGAGAAACGUAUUGACGUUUGUCCGUGCAUGCAUCAGGCGUCUGACCUACAUGAUAGAAUGUGCUUGCAAUAUACGACUUGGGGGUCAUUCGCCAAACUACUGUGUGAACUCGGCUUUAAGCUGUUUGAUGUUAUAAGUACAACGCUUCCAGCACCUGUAUUGUAGUUAUUGUACAUUCUCUCUUGACCUUUUAGGAUUGAUUUUAUGGCAGGCCCCAUAGACUGUAAAUUAGGAUUGAAUGUAAAUGAGACGUCAGAGGGGAAGUAGUUGUAAUCUAGUCGAUAUCCUAACAGAUUGGUUAUGAUGAGCACAACUGGAAAUUGUCUUCAAAUGCAUUGUAACUCUUACUCAGCUGAUGGUAUUCCCAAGAUUUUUCCUCCUCAAAUACUCUUGGGCGGAAGAAGUGCAAAAAAUGUAUUGAGUUUAAUUGAUUACUUGUAUCAUAUUUGAAGGUUUUUUUCUCCAUAAUUUGUAUCUUUCUUGUAAAUAGAUUGUUCAGGUUAGAAAAUCUUUAGGCCAGGCAUUGCAUGACGAUGCAUGUUUAGAUGUUUCAUUGGGCCAAAAAUUGUUUGGAGCAAACUAUUCAUAUAAUAGUUAGCGAGCUAAUUUGCUAUGAAAUUUUUGUAACUGCUCUAUGUGUAACUAUAUCAAAUCUAUAAAUGCUGCUCUGAUACUGUGGUUGCUUGAUUAAAUGAGCCGUUGACCCUACACCUAUCUCAUCGACCAUCAUAUGGCUCAUUUAAUUAAACAGUCACAGUCUGGCUUAGAUGAGGAACGCUGUCUCUGUCUGCAUUGCUUAGGCCUGCUUUGGAAAUUAUAUGGGCAUGUCAGAUUUAUCAUAAAAGUGUUUACAGUGAUGAGCAAUGCUAAUUUCCUCUUAUUGUCAUUCUAAUAUUGGUGUUGACUCACACUGGUUGUAUGUAAUAGUUUUAGCUUCUGGAGGUAACACCAGUGUCAAGACAACACCAACUUUAGCAACCAACAUUGGGGAGACAGAGUUAGGCUAAGUUUCUCUGUGUGGACCUUAGUUUAAAGGAGGACACUGACCGGAAUGGAUUGCAGCAAACUAAAUAACAAGGCGUUCUGAAAUUCUUUUUGGGUACAUGAUGGAUAGUUCACUCAUUCGGUACUCUAAUUUUCACAUUCUCUCGAUAUUACUGUACCCUCAAGAUGUCUGAUAGAUACUGGUAGCACUGUGGUGGGGUAAGGGAAGGGGGGGGGGGUUCUUUUCAUGAUCCCUAAAGACACUCAUGUAAAAUUUUCACUGCAAAUGAAAUAAUAGUCACAUUAGCGUCAAUGUCAGACUUCUAAAGCCUUUAAUGCUUUAACACAAAGAAACUUUACACUUUUUCAAACAGUUAAUCACCUGGACUCUUCUGUGUCUUCCAAUUACAAUACAGAAAAUAGCUGGCAACUGUUCCAAAUAAAUUUGAUAUGAACAAUUGAUCAAAUCAGUGCAAAAGUGAAUAGAGCAUAGUUCAACCAGUCACUAUAGGCAUACAUUAAAUGUAUAUCUUGAUAUUUCUUGGAGCAGAUUGUAGCCUUUUUUACCAGUCAAUUAUAAAUGUGUACUGAAUGAUGAGGGCUGAAAUAUGUGGUGUAUUUGUAUUUGCAAUCCAUCGUACUUAUGAGAGAUUUAGGGAGUCAGGACAAAACUAGAUGUGUAGUAAAAUCACUUUAGACAUAGGCAGUUACCCAUGUCUAAUAUGUAAAUGCAUUCAUCAAUAUAACACAGUUUCACUUAUGCUGCUGUUAAUUCGUGCCUACUUAUCUAAUUGAUAUUACUUCUCACGGUAUCCCACAUCGCCUAUCGCCAGGUGACGUUCGUGUUGCAAUGAAAAUGUGGCGUUGAGAAUGCGUCAUGAUGCAGUGAGAAGUAAAGAUAGUGAACUAAGAAAGAUGCUCUAAAUUGCAUAAAUACGCCGGACAGGACACCAGUUUCGAUUUGGUCUCGUUAGUUUCUCACCACCACUGUUGCAUUUUGAAUGUAUCAUGUUAGGUUAGCUGUGUUACAUUAAGGUAUAAUCGUGUGAACGGCCAUCCUGCAAAUAAUAUCGAUAUGCUGCUUUCAUGCAGCCAACUUCAGGAUGAAAAACACCCAUCUCAAUGAUCGUUUUUAAACUUGCAUGUAAAUGUAUCUUUUAACCCAAGUUCUAUCUAGAAAACCAAUCAUAGGAAAUUAGGCAUAUAAUUCUUUAGGUUCCUUGUUAAAUACUCUAUUGUCAUCUUUGUAAGCAACAUUGGCCAAGUUAUAAUACCUUGUCUUACAAUGGUGGUCAUUGAGUAAGCAUACAUGUAGCUUUCCUUAGAAAUGCCGGUAGUAAGUACUGAAGCAUCAAUGAGGUGUCUGUUGUCUGGUAAGUCUAGACCUUUCUGAGAAGUGCACGCAUCAUUGGCCGCUCAAUGACGACUGAAUUCUCUAUAUGGCAAAAGUUAUAUAAUAGAACCUUGCUAUUAAGGACACCCUCAGGACUGUUAAGUGCUGUCCUCAAUAGGGAGGUGUCCUGAUAAGAGAGGUCAAAAUGAAUGAAGAGAACCAACUUGGGACCAAAACAAGUGUCGUUAAUAGAGAGGUGUAUGCUAGGGGAGAAUUCACUGUAUGUCAUGAGUAGAUCCCAACAAAAAAGCACCUCAAGGCACCUUAAGGAUGUAACAGUACAGAGAAUGUCAUGAUGUCCUUUUUUCACUGUCUCCUUCAUGAUACAUCUUUGCUGGGUCAUUUUAUGUUUUUGUAAUGCAACGUUUUAUAUUGAGAUUUUAUUUAGCAUGAAGCAUGUAUAGUGGAAUUUUUACGACUCGUAUGUAUGGCAAUCAAAUGUUAUAUCUAGCUAUCUAUAUCUUAUCAUUGUAUACUACUAGGUAUAUUAUUGAAGUAUCUGUAAAUUGCCCAAAAUAACUGUUUAGAGUUGUCUUAAAAUCAUAAUAUUUGCUAAUUGAAGCUGCCUGCAUCCCAAUGACACCAAGCAUUAGAAUCAAGAAUAUGUUGUUUGCAGGAAUGUACUGAAAAUGUAUCUGUCGGUUUUACCUGUAAUAAAAAUUGCCCAUGACACUUUUUGAAGUUUGGCCUAUACUAUUUGACCAUUUCUUGACCUCUUGUCUCUGUGAGUGUCAUCCUGAAGGGUAUUGAUAGAUAACAAUAAUACUGCUUUAAGACAUCUCAGAAGAUAAAUUUUGUAUCCUCCAUAUCGAUCCAAUGUUAUCUCAACAGGCAUUUCUUUGUAAUAAGUACUGAGGUGCAAGAUUGAAAACUAUCACGAUUGGAAAAUUGUGAUGAAAGAUGGUUUAAUGGCUGGUGUUAAGAAGAAUUGUGAAGAUAAGAUUGACAGUUAUUCAAAUGAAAUGAACAAUUGAUUGUUUACGACAAAGGUUGGCGGCCACCUGACAUGAUUCAAUUUACCCUAACAAAAGCUGGAUGUAAGCUUAGUAGCCAACUAUUUACCCCAGCAACUUCAAGCCACUUUCAGAAGCUUUAUUCCUGCUGUCAGUCAAAAUCGUGUGUAAUGUGGCUUACCAGUUACUGGUCCAAUUUGACAAAGAUUUUUACGCGAGAUGUGGCGUUGACGUAUUUAUUUAUGGGGGAGGGGGGUACGCUUAGUAUGACUGAGACUGUACAGACCAUGUAUAUUAUUAAUAUUAAUGUAUCCAAACUGCACUGUAGUGGCCAUUAUUACUUGGUUAAUUUAAAAAAAUAAUGUGUGAAA